UCUCUGCGCUUGACUCAGCCUUAGCUCUCCUGCUUGGGCUGUUUCUGAGCUGCAUUGAGAAAGUACAAGGCAGGCAGAGGAGGAAGAGGAAAGUGGGGAUAACUCAAGAGAUCAAACUUCUGCUUUGCUAGCUCCCCCAGGAUCCUUCUGCUGCCACAGUGGCACUCAGUCGCGCACACCCCACCUCCCUCUGGCCGGCUGGGUCUUGCAGGGUAGGGACCCCACCUGGGCAGAUCCUGUUCAGCUGCGAAUACCUGUUUGGGGAGUGCCUGGAGGAAAGCCUGGUUGUGGCCUUGUCUCUCAAAAUGGUCAAUCAGGACGGAGUGUAGUCUCCAUGGAACAUUACCUAGAAGGCUUCUUGAGAGCCGCUGCUGUACCUAUGGCAAAGAGUGGGGUAAUAAUACUGGCCUGCUGGCUGGACCUCCCGCUUCCAUGUCGCAGGAUGAUGUACUGACAGGCCAAACCUGAAGGGCCUUUCAGAAGAGCAGCGUUUAGACCCUGGCGGAGUUGGCUUGCGACUCUCACACAGAGUGCUUCUCCUCCCCACCCCCAUGGAUCAAGACAUUGGCAUGGACUCCUUGCUGGACCUCAGCUUUCUGACUGAGGAGGAGCAGAACGCCAUUGCGGAAGUGCUGCGGAGAGACUCUCAGCUGCGGAUGUCGGAGGAAGGACGCAUCAGCAAACUGCGCGAGUCCGUCUCGGAUCCCAGCUGGUUUAAGAUCCUGUCGGGGGACUGGUUCUGCGAUGUCCGUUCAAAGCGGCACCGGCACAAUCAUUUUGGCUCAGACAUUGUCCGGGCUUCCAUCCGUCGCAAGAAGAAGCCCAAAGCAGGUGAACCGGACCCAAAGCAACGAGCCAGCUUAGGAGAUCUGGAGGCGAUCAGUGAACCCCCAGCGGAGGAGGAGAAUGCGUUGGAUGCAGUGGAUGGGCUCCCAAGUGAGACAGAUCCUCAGCCAUCCAUGUCUAAAGAGACUCAGAUGGCUGACUUGACUCUGCAAGAUGUGAUCCAGUCCCCAGAGCAGAUGCCUGAAAACAAGCCAGAGACAAGCGACUCGUUUAGUAGCCUCAGCUCAGAGACUGGAGAAGAGGACCAGCAGAACAUCAGAGUGCCAGCCAUCAUGGUCACCAUGCAGAGCAACGAGAGUCUUGAAAAUGGCCAGGAAAGCACUUUGGAUACAUCACCUCCAAAGAACAAUGCAAUGGGUUCCCGGAAUAAACUGAUGAGCACCAGUUCCUCGUUUUCCAGUCUAAGCUCAUCCACAAUGAGUGGCAGCAUGAUGAGCGUGUUCAGCGACAACGAUGUUGGAAAUGUGGACGUCCGCGGCUGCAUCCAGUUCUCCCUGCAGUAUGACUCCAGGAAGAAGGCGCUGCAUAUUCAAGUCAUCCAGUGCCGAGACUUGGCUGAAGCCAAGAAGCAGCGAUCGGAUCCGUACGUCAAGUCCUACCUCCUUCCCGACAAAUCCAAUCACAGUAAGAGAAAAACUGCUGUGAAGAAGAGGAGCCUAGAUCCCAUCUUCAACGAGACCCUUAAGUACAAGAUUGAUAAAGCUGAUCUCCAGGGCCGGAUCCUGAACCUCUCUGUCUGGCAUCACGAUACCUUGAGCCGAAACCUCUUCAUGGGAGAAGUGGAGAUUGUGUUGAAUUCCUGGGACUGGAGCAACACGAGUCCUCAGUGGUUCAACCUCCAGCCUAGGACCCCAGUCACUCCUGAUGCUCUCUGCAGCCGUGGCAUCCUCAACCUGGCAUUGAAGUUCAUCCCGGCUGGAUCUGGAGGGGAAGGGCUUCCUCCCACUGGCGAGCUUCACAUCUGGGUGAAGGAUGCGCAGAACAUUAUUCCCCAGCGGGGCAGCACAGCAGACUCAUUCGUUCAGUGCUACAUCCUCCCUGAUGACAGCAAGGUGAGCCGGCAGAGGACCCGCAUCGUGAAGAAGAGCCUCAGCCCCACUUUCAACCACACCAUGGUUUAUGAUGGGUUCCAGGCCAAGGACUUGGCUGAGGCAUGUGCAGAGUUCACCAUCUGGGACCAAGAGACAUUCUCUAAGCAGCAGCUCGGAGGCAUCCGGCUCAGCCUUGGCACCGGGAACAGCUACGGCCUGCCAGUCUCCUGGAUGGAUUCGACGGAAGAGGAGCGCCACGCCUGGGAGAUGGUGUUCAAGCAGCCUGGGCAGUGGGUGGAAGCGAGCCUUCCUUUGAGGACCAACUUGAACCCUAGGACUUAAUCCCAAACUACAGCAGGACACCCAUUCUUGGGAUGAUGGAGGAAAAGCUGAUUGGCUUCCCCAGCAGCAGCCUACUGGAUGCAAAUGAACAGGCCCAGAGUCUCUGUAGGACUUGCAACCACAGUGGUUGCUGAAGGGCAGCCUCUGGCAGGGGGAAAAUAGAUUUGGCGCCAGGAGCCCAUGGGCAAGUUCAGCCUGGGCUGGCUGCUCUCUCAGACUUAAGGAGGGAGGUGAGCAGGUCCAACUCUUAAAAGGGACUUCUUUGAAGGCCUUGCGAUGGUUUUCACACUGUACUUUAGGGGAGACCAAAAGAUGCCCCAUGACAAGAACCAUGCUGUCGCUAUGUCCCAUCGCCUCCCUGAUCUCCUCCACAUGCUAUUGACAUUAACAAGAGGCAGUGUCAUGCUUUGUU